UGUCUCCGGAGACAGAUCAGUAUUCUGCUGCUCCAGACUGAGGCUCAGGGUGCCUCCAGCGCUACAGACGAGCCUUUACAACACAUAAACACACAGAGACAUUGCUGCUGUCAGGACUGCUACACCUGCUCUGCUGCUCAGUUAAGACAGGACUGUAACGUAGGAGACACUUCAGGAAGAGGAUCAUCCUUCGCUUUAAAAAAUGAAACUUGAAGUUUUCUCUGCGCACCACUUUGCUCAGAAGCCGCUGGAGCUGUGCAUGGAAGCAGAGGGAGGAGUUCCGUCUCCUCUAUCCGGGGACGAGCUGGGGUCGGACGGGGACUGCGUGGCCAACAGCCCGGCACCUGUCACCCAGAGCGGUGACGCCAGCAAGGGUAAACCCUACACCCGCAGACCCAAACCCCCUUACUCCUACAUCGCCCUCAUCGCCAUGGCCAUCCGGGAGUCCAGCAGCGGCCGCCUCACUCUGGCAGAGAUCAACGACUACCUGAUGAAGAAGUUCCCGUUUUUCCGCGGCAGCUACACCGGCUGGAGGAACUCGGUGCGCCAUAACCUGUCACUAAACGACUGCUUCCUCAAAGUGUUGCGGGACCCAUCCAGACCCUGGGGCAAGGACAACUACUGGAUGCUCAACCCGCAAAGCGAGUACACCUUCGCUGACGGGGUGUUCCGCCGCAGGAGGAAGCGCAUCGCCAAGAGGUCGUCAAAGGAGCAGGAGAGCCUGGACACCCUCAGCGAGGACACCCGCCUCCCUGCCCCGGAGGAGAGGGUGGGGGCCAAGUUCUCUAGCUCGUUCGCCAUCGACAGCAUCCUCAGCACACCCUUCAAACGGAGGGAGGACAGCUUCGUUGAUGCAGAAACCCACGCCUCCCGGAUCUACUGGUCCCAAGGGCCUCACGUACUGCCUUACACUAUGAGCUAUCCGGCACAGCACACGUACCUGUCAGAGGGGGCGUACAGCAGCACAGAGCCCAGCAGGGAUGCACUCGCAUACCUCCAGCAAACAGCACCGGAGGCCGCUCUCCAUGCGCUCAGGAUGCCCAACAAGGCGCGAGGUUUCCAUAUAGACUCUUUGCUCUCAUAAAACACCAGGACUGUUGUCAGGCUUGUAUGUUUUGACCCAUGAUGUGCACUUUUGUGGGCGCUCUUAGCUUUCAGUGCUUUAGCUGUUUAACUUUUUUAGUUUGUUUGUCUCACCAUGAUUACUGUAAGUCAUUUUGCAGUGAAAAACAAACAUGACGCGUUGUCAAUAUAGAUCCAACUGUGGUGACUCAGCAAAUAGUUGCUGUCAUCACAGGACAUUCCACUGUCUGCCUGUGUGUGUGUGUGUGUGUGUGUGUGUGUGUGAGAGAGAGAGAGAGGGAGAGAGAGAGGGAGAGAGAGUGUGUGUGUGUUUGUAUUCACGUAUCCAUGGUUCAUUGGUCAUUUCUACUGUAUGACGGCAACCAAGUGCCACGUUGAAACUCUUCAUCUAUUUAUAUUUUCUUGUUUUGUAUGAACUGCUGUAUAAAAUAUUGUUGUAUAUAUAAAAAUAUUGACUGAGCUGCGAUGAGAAAUCACGUGGCUGCACUACCGCAUGGAAAUGCCCAAUGUUUUCCUAAGAUUGAUUCAUGCAUGCCUGGUAUUUUUAUGAAUAAAAAACGUGAAACAAUGGGA